AUGGCAAUCGAACACUCUCAAACUGAUCCAUCCUCUGAAAGAGUGACGUUCACGAUUCCAAAGCACAGCCAUCACCCGCUGAACUUCAUCUACAACACGCUCCGCCUGAAGAGCGCCCUUCUCUCCCUGGGCCUGGCAAUGACAAAGAAGCCCCAGGGAAUUGAGAUCAAAAUGGCCCCAGAACACGUAGGCCGCUUCACGAAGGAGUUUGUUGGAAGCGUCCUCAACCAAACUGAGAUCACCCAAAACGAGAUCGCCUCCAACAACAGCACCAUCCUCCCAGUGAGUCAAACUCGCCUUCUUUUUGUGCUCCUGAACUACCACGAUGAAAUUGGAUCAUUUCUGGCUGAGUACCGGAGUCGCCUUGUUGUUGGCCACGACGAGAUCGCCCUGGUCUCAGAGCGCAUCUGCUGCCAGAAGGUCGUUCUCUACAAGUUCAAUGAGAUCUACCGCAAGGUGUACGAGAUGGAGACUGAUUCAGAAUGGGCUAUUGGUGAUAGAGGCAGAAUUAUAGUGGCAAAUGGGUUACAGGGGACCAAAUACGUAGGAGAAGUUGAGGAUAUGACAAGGGGGUUUGCCACUGAUAACAGGGGUGAAAUCAGCAGCCUAACUACCCCUGGUGGCACUACCAGCCUAACUACCCCUAGUGGCAACUUUACGGUUACUUUUACGGUGGACCAGGAAACAAAUGGAUUUCUGUCUGGCAAGAAGUACGGCAAGACAAACAAGAUCAUGCGCGAGACUGGGACUACCGUAGAGAUAUCCCCUGAAUCAUCCACCACUCGCUACACAAUUCGUGCUACUCGUGUUCAGAGUGUGUUUCAUGCACUUGAACUAACAAAUGAGGAGUAUCCGAGCUUCCUGCUCUUCUCAGUCGACUCGCGACACCACAAGAAGAUCAUUGGGACGUCUGGCCGCCACAUCCAGCGCAUUAUGAAGAAGUACGACGUCUACGUGAAAUUCAUGAACGAGAAGGAGGCUGAGCUCUACCCUGAGAACGUGAUUUGCAAGACGCCUUGCAAGAACAGUGGGAAUCUGAGGCUGAUUCAGGCUGAGAUUCAAAGAGAAGAAGGACGUGGAUGUGACACCGAGGCAUUUGAGGAUGGAACAAGUGUAGUAGAGAAAGANUGGGACGUCUGGCCGCCACAUCCAGCGCAUUAUGAAGAAGUACGACGUCUACGUGAAAUUCAUGAACGAGAAGGAGGCUGA